GUCAUGUUGUUUUUUGGGAACACACUAUGUUUUCCUCAUUAUCAAACUUUCAUGUGUUAUCUUUUGAUCAACCUCCAUUUUUUACUAACCCUUCUAUUAAGCUAUUUCCUAGUGACUCUGAUGCAAAUAUAUUUGAUGAGCUCUAUGAUGCCUUUCCACAUGCUCCACCUAGUUCUAUAGAAGAUGUUCUGCCUGCUGGUAAUGUAUUAGACAAUGUUGAGUCUUCUUCCCUUACCCCUUCUGUAUCACAUAUUGGAUCUAACCUUGUUAAUCUUGAGCCUAAAAAUGAGAUCCUUAAUCCACCUUCAAGUCAUCCUACUUGGCAAGUUAUGCAAGAUGAAUUACAAGCUCUUGACAAAACUCGUACAUGGGAUUUGGUUGACCUUCAUACUGGAAAGCCUUUAGUAGGUUAUAAAUGGGUGUACAAGAUCAAAACUCGGUUUGAUGGUUCCAUGGAGCGUUACAAGGCUUGUUUGGUCGCUAUAGGAUUUACUCAGGAAUAUGGGAUUGAUUAUGAGGAAACUUUUGCACCUGUUGCUCAUCCUACUUCAGUUCGCAGUUUGAUUAGUAUUGCUGCUACAACAAGAUGGACAUUGUUUCAGAUAGAUGUGAAAAAUGCCUUUCUAAAUGAUGAUCUUGCAGAGGAAGUUUACAUGAAACCACCUCCUAGACUUGAGCAUCUUCCAAACAAAACUAGUCAUGGUAUGGUUCUACUACUUCUUUAUGUUAAUGAUAUAAUCAUUACUGGGGAUGAUAUUUUAGGUAUUCAUGAUCUUAAGCAAUUUCUCAAUCAUAAGUUUGAGAUGAAAGAUCUUGGUGUUUUGAGAUAUUUCUUGGGACUUGAGGUCACCUUUUUUGAUGAUGGUUAUCUUCUUUCUCGAACAAAAUAUGCUUCUGGUCUUAUAUCUAAAGCUGGAUUCACUGACAAUAAGACUGCAUCUACUCCUCUUGAGCCCAAUGUUCGACUUACAUCCAUAGAUGGUUCUCCAUUAGCUGAUCCUACUCGCUACAAACAGUUGGUUGGAACAGUACUUCGCAUUAUUCGGUAUAUUAAAGGUACCAUGUUCCAUGGACUUCACUUUUUUGCUCAUUCAUCUCUUGAACUUCAUGCUUACUCAAAUGUUGAUUGGGCUGUAGACUCUAAUGAUUGUAAAUCCACCACUAGAUAUUGUCUUUUUCUUGGUGAUUCCUUAAUCUCUUGGCAUAGCAAGAAGCAGACAGUUUCAUCACGUUCUAGCACAGAGGUUGAAUAUCAAGCACUUGGAGACGCCAUAUCAAAGUUACUUAAUUUACGUUGGCUACUAGAAGAUAUAGGUGUUUCUCAACCGCCUGCUACCAAUCUUUAUUGUGACAAUCAGAGUGCCAUGCAAAUUGCUCAUAAUGAUGUCUUCCAUGAAUGCACUAAACACAUUGAGGACACGGAAGAUGAAGCUCAGGGCUCAAAAGUCUAAACCAAAAAUUCUCAAGUAUGCAUUUCCUUGCUUCCCAUGCUUAUGGUUAAGAACAAUUUAGGAGUCCAGUAUUCUCAGACUUUUCAAUUUCAUCUCAAUUUGUUGAGGCCUGCUUUGUUAUUUAUUUUAUUUACAAAAAAACUAUUUUACAAUUUAAUACAAUCUAAACUAUAAAAUAGUAAAUUCUUU